UGCUGGAUUAGGCCAGUGGCUCAUCCUGUUCUCACAGUGGCUGCCCAGAUGCCCCAUGAUGGGAAGCCUGCAAGCAGGACCCAAACACAAGAGCCCUCCCUCCCCUCCUGUGGCUUCCAGCAACCGGCAUUCAGAAACAUCACUGCCUCCGACUUGGCAGUCAUUGAUAGCUUUCUCCUCCACAGAUUUGCCUAAUCUUCUUUGUUAUAGCCAUUCACAUUAGUGGGGAGAGAAUGCCACAGUUUCUCCUUAGGCUACGGUGCAGUGUGUGUGCUUUAUUUCUUGUUCGUUGCAAAGGGGGAAGAAGCACCUGGCUUGUCCGAGGGAGUGCACCGAUGGGUUGGGCCUCCCCCCGCCGUGUUACCGUUGGAGAAUCAAAUUACCUGGCAACCCUCCCUGCUCCUGGUUUCUCUUUGUGCAGGUAUCUGCAGAGAGAGAGAGAGAGAACACAGCUCACCUGUUGAGGAGGGAGGACGGAAGCAGGAGGAAGAGCGGCAGAGGUUUGGGGCAGAGGGGUUGCCCUUUUCAACCCUUCGCUUUCGCUUACAGAGUCCAUCCCCUUUCUCAACGCGUCGCUUCCAGGUCUCCAUCCAUCAAGUGCUCCUUCUCCGACAGAGUUGGUGGGCAGAUCCUGAACUUGCUCCAUGAACUGACGGGCCGCCAUGUGGCAUUUAUUGUUUCCCGAGCCAUCUGCAAACUCUCAGAGAGCGCUGAUGCUUCCUCCGCCACAGAGAUAGUCAGCUGAAGCCACCACACCAAAACUCUGGGCUGGGGAUGCAGAGAAUUGGCUGGAGGCAGGAACUGCCCCUUGAUUUCAGGGACAGCCACAGUUGCUACGGGUGUGCCACGCUCUGUGGAGAGCAGCUGGUGCCAGAGAUGGCUGUUUGCGACUUUUCCACAGUGUCCGUGGAGAAACGCAUCAGAGAGGAGCAGGCAUGGCAUCUCCGGAAAGCCUUCCAAGACUUGCUCUUCCGCUUCCAGGACUGGCUGUGGGCUGCCGAGCUGAUGGCUGCCUCCCCAAACUCCUCGCAGGUGUCCUAUGCCAACUCCAAGAAAGAGCUGCAAAGGUUCAAGGUGCUACAAAGGCAAGUGUCAGACAAGCUGCUGCCUCUGGAAUCCUUAAACAGGCGAUACCAUCAGCUGGUGAGGACUGGGAGCAACGACCCACAGCUCAGGCCCACGGUGCAAAAAGUCAACCAGCGCUGGGAUGACCUGCAGGCUCGGACGGCUGCCAUUUGCAAGAGGCUGAAGCAUUUCGUGAACCAGUGGGAAAAGUUUGAGCUGGAGAAAGAGACCAUCCGGGUGUGGCUGGUGGAGCUGGACCUCCGACUGACGGAUGUGGAACACUUCUCUGGAGGAACGUCGCUGGAGAAAAUGAUACAGCUGCAGGCAUUCCAGCAAGACGUGCAAGCCAAUGCAGACCGUGUUGACCACCUGCUGGUGCACGGGGAAGCUCUGAUCCAGAAGAGCCAGCCUGAGGACGCGGAGGUCUUGGAGGAGGAGUUGCAGGACCUGAGCUGUUUCUGCCAGGAGGUCUUCCGCAGAGUCUUCCGCUUCCGGCGGCGACUGGUCAGCAUGCAGCUGGUCUUUGAGGACGAGUGGUUGUCGGACCGGGAUAGUGAUUUGGAGUCUGAGUCCCUCACGGAAGAAUCCCUGGAGUGGGUGGGCAAUGAUGGCACUGGACCACCCCGGCCUCCUGCUGCUCCCAUGUGCCAGUCAACCCCAAAGAACCCCUCGCUGCACCGCCAGCAACCAGCUCCCACUGUAGAGGCAAAUGUGGAUCUGGAGUGGGAUCCUUCUGUGGAUAUAGGGGGAUCUACGUCGCAUGAUGAAGAGGACUCCUCAUACUUCAGCGCCAUCACAGGUAUGGGCCAGUGGGAAGAACCUCGCCCGAAGUGCAGGCCUUCUGUUUGUGCAUCCCGUUCCUUGCCUUUGAGAUGUGGCAGCCAAGGAGACUUAUCUGUACAGAAUGGCUUCCGAGAGGAGUGGGAGCAGUUCAGUUCCUCUGUCACAGACCAGGAGAUAAAAAGGUGCAGCUCUGGAACGCUGCACUCAUGGGAGCUCCAGGGAUGUCAGCACCCCCAAAAUGGGCCAGCAGAGAAAGGGAGCCCCCGUCAAGUGGAACCGAUGGGAUUUGAUCCCGAACGUAUUGAGACCUGGCUGGGCCAGAGCUGCCGGGAGAAGAUGGGAGGGAAGCUGGAGGUGGAACAAGCCACUGGGACUUGUGGGCAUGUCCCACUACCUGUCCUAGAUCUGCAAUUCCCAGUACAAUCUCAGGCAAGCGGGAAACGACCAAAGAGGCAGAAGUCACAGCAACGGGUGAAAAAGAAAACUCGAUCGACCCCAGCCAGCAACGUUGGGCAGAUCUGCAAGAAGGAGCACCUCAACUCCCGAUCAGCAGAAAUCGCAGUCACCAUUGAGCAGGGAUCCAGCCUGCAACAGCCUUCGAUCAUCUCCUGCCUCCGAACCCAGAAGCUCCCCAGACUCCCCGCCAUAUGGAACAGGACGAUGAUGAUCCUCAGUGCCAGCCUGUUGCUGCUGCUACUCUUCCUGGCCAGCCCCUUUCCUCUAUACCCGUCGGAGCUCUCCUGCCUCCAGGAAAAUGGCUACUCCAGAUCCUUCCACUUCAUGCUCACGUACAGUGGGCCACCACCCACUUAGCAGGCAGGGAGUGUUGCAGCCUGGACUGUUCAUAAUGCAUGGGGCCAGUGCUAGGAGAGAAGGAAGUUGUCUAUGGGAGUUCCGCAGGCUCUUCCUCCAGCAAUGCCCCGCUGCAUCAGCUCAGAGAUGGGUUGUGGCACUUGGUGAAAGGAGAGAGAAUAUACCCCCCCCCCCCAAGUGUUCAAUUAUUAGCUGUUAACACAAAUAUUCACUGUUAGGCCUAUCCUCCUCCAUUCAUUUAACUAUUCUUAAAAAAAGAAAAAAAGAAACUUGUACCCAACUAUGUAUGCCCUAUACAUUUGCGGCACAUUCCCUUCUCCCAAGAAUCCUGGGAACUGUAGUGUGCAUCUCAGAGAACUACAGUUCCCAGCAUCCUUAACAAACUGCUAUACCCAGGAUUCCUGUGUUUGGGUGUGCUUUAAAUGAUUGGUGUGUACACACAGCCUUUCUUCCACUCAGCACAGAGUCACAGAGGUCAAGGAACCUAUAUUAGCCAACACCAUUAAGUUCAGUGCAUACAUCCCCCUGAGGCUAGGAGUUCCGUAGGUUGCAGGUGGCUGCAUUUCGAAACGCAGGACCUUGGAUGGCAAUUCUGGCAACCUCUGCUCUUCGUUUGCUGUGUUCCACCGACCCACAUUCCCGCACUAGACGUGUCCGGCUGGCCUUUUCUGCAGAACAUUUUGCUGCCAAACUCUGCUUGAACAUGAACAAGCCAUUGCCCAGCAGAAGCCCAUAAAAGAUACACCUCCUGCCUUCAGAGAAGCCAGACGCCACCAGAACCAAGCACAUGUAUGACCCCUUCAUUCAGCUACCCCUUCUUUAAUAUAUUUGGCAUCAAAGGUUUUCUAAUAAAGAGGAGAAAUAGAGGUCUGGUGUUUGUUUGCUGGACUUCCAUUCCAUCCCACCUUAGGAUGGGCUUAGGAUCGUCUCCUCCUACCAACCCCCCCCCCCCAUUCCCAUGUUCCUGCAAGACGCGUGAAUCCCCUUCCAGCAGCCAGGUCGCUGUGGAAAUCAGUGGGGUGCCUGCGUGCCACUACGUACAGGCCAGGCC